CCAGGUGGCUUCUACAUGCUCCUGGACGCCAAGAAUGCAAAACCAGGGCAGAAAUCUGCCCUCCUGAGCCCUCUGAGCCAGUCCUCCGGCUGCCUGAGCCUGUCCUUUCACUACACCCUCCAUAACCAGUCCCCGGGUGCAGCCCUUAUGAUCUACGCUUCUGUCUUGGGCAGCAUCCGGAAACACACUCUCUUCUCAGGACAACCCGGACCCAACUGGCAGCCUGUUUCUGUCAAUUACACAGGCCAGGGGUGGAUUCAGUUCACCAUGGUGGGCGUGUUUGGAAAGAUCCCCGAGCCAGCUGUGGCGGUGGAUGCAAUCAGCAUCGCUCCCUGUGGGGAGAGCUUUCCUCAGUGUGACUUUGAAGACAAUGCCCACCCUUUUUGUGACUGGAUCCAGAUAUCCCAGAAUGGUGGACACUGGACCCAGGGAAAUGAAAGUACACCCAUCCAGGGUCCAGGCCCCUUCGGAGGCUCCCUCAGUGGAGAAGGUCACUAUGUCUACCUGCAAACUGACAAGGUCUCCCAGGCAGGCCAGGCUUUCCGACUGGUGAGCCGGCCCUUCUGCGCCCCGGGUGCGAUCUGUGUGGAGUUUGCUUACCACAUGUAUGGCCUCGGAGAGGAAGCGAAGCUCAGGCUUCUGCUGGCGAGUCCUGCAGGCAGUUCCCCAAGUUCUCUCUGGGAACGCGUUGGGUCUCAGAGCCCUGACUGGCUGAAAGCCUCUGUCACCAUCCCUUCGGGACAUCAGCGGCCCAUUCAGCUGACAUUCGAGGCUGUCAGGGGCACCAACACUGCCUUCGUUGUUGCUGUGGGAUUCACCUCGAUCAACCACGGGACCUGUCGGGAAAAACCUAUGGCCCCCACAGGAAAACCAUCUGUCCCCAGUGAAAUAGCCACUGUCACCACAGAAAAGCCCACUGUUUCCACUGAAAAACCUACAAUCCCCACAGAAAGUCCUACAGUCCCCACAGAAAAACCUACCAUCCCCACUGAAAAACCCACCGUCCCCACCAAAAGGACCACCACCCCCACUGAAAGGAUCACCAUUACCACUGAAAGGACCACUAUCCCCACAGAAAGGAUCACCAUCCCCACAGAAAAACCCACAGUCCCCACCCAGAGGACCACCAUCCCCACUGAAAGGACCACCAUUACCACUGAAAGGACCACUAUCCCCACAGAAAAACCCACGAUCCCCACUGAAAGGACCAGAGCCCCUGCGACACCCCAGUCCAGCCCUACCCUUGUACCCACUGGGCCAACAGUCCUGGGGGUGCCUCCUGGUGCUCCAAGUACCUCCAUGACCACUGUGACCCCGGCCACCACUACAGUGAACUGCCCCCCAGAUGCCCACUUUGAACCCUGCGCCUGUCCGGCAUCCUGCCAGAGCCCCACACCCAACUGUGGGCGCCCCUGCAAGCCCGGCUGUGUUUGCAAUUCUGGCUUUUUCUUCAAUGGCUCCCGCUGCAUCAACGCCUCUUCCUGCAAUUGCUUCUACAAUGAAAAUUUCUAUAAGCCGGGGUCAGAGUGGUUCAGCCCCAACUGCACAGAGCGGUGCCGCUGCUGGCCUGGCAGUCGGAUGGAGUGCCAGGCCUAUAAGUGCGGGGGGCGCACAGUGUGCCAGCUGAAGAAGGGCCAGUACCGAUGCCACCCCUAUGGCCCUGCCACCUGCUCCGCCUACGGAGACCCUCAUUACCUCACCUUCGACGGGAGGCGUUUUAACUUCAUGGGCAAGUGCACCUACAUCUUGACUCAACCCUGUGGCAACCUGACAGAGCCAUUCUUCAGGGUGACAGUAAAGAAUGAGCAUCAAGGACAAGAAGGCAUGUCCCACCUAAGCAAGGUCUAUGUGACUCUGCCUGAAACCACCAUCACCCUGCUCAAGGGCAGACGCACGCUGGUUGGGGGUCAGCUAGUCACCCUUCCAGCCAUACCUUCUAAAGGCGUCUUCCUGGCUCCAAGUGGGCGAUUUGUGGAGCUGCAGACGGCGUUCGGUCUGCGGCUGAGAUGGGACGGUGACCAGCAGCUGUUUGUGACUGUGCCCAGCACCUACUCUGACAAACUCUGUGGAUUCUGUGGCAACUAUGAUGGCGACAGCAGCAACGACAACCAGAAGCCAGAUGGCAGACCAGCACGAGACGAGGUGGAGCUGGGUAACAGCUGGCAGACCUCAGAGGAUGAGGACCAGACGUGCCAGCAGAAUCAGGAGUAUCCUCCCUCUUGCAGCACAGACCUGCAGAACAAUAUGUCGGGGCCAGAGUUCUGUGGACGGCUUGUGGCCUCUCGCGGAGCCUUUGAGGCAUGCCUGCCUCACGUCAUGGCUUCAUCCUUCUUCGACAACUGCAUGUUUGACAUGUGUAACUUCCAAGGGCUGCAGCAGGAGCUGUGUGCCCACAUGUCGGCCUUGACUGAGACCUGCCAGGAUGCCGGCUACGUGGUGAAGCCCUGGAGAGGACCCCAGUUCUGCUCUCUGGCCUGCCCAGCCAACAGCAAGUACACGCUGUGUGGCAGGACGUGCCCCGACACCUGCCACUCCGGGGUCUCGGGCAUGUCCUGCCAGGACCGCUGUGUGGAGGGCUGCGAGUGCGACCCUGGCUUCGUCCUCAGCGGUCUCCAGUGCGUCCCCCGGUCCGAGUGCGGGUGCCUCGACCCCACAGCCGGCUACUUCAAGAUCGGGGAGCAGUGGUUCAAGCCGGGCUGCACACAGCUCUGUAUCUGUGAGGGCAGCAACAGAAUUCGCUGUGUGCUCUGGAGAUGCCAGGCCCAGGAGCUCUGUGGUCGGCAGGAUGGCAUCUAUGGUUGCCAUGCUCAAGGGUCCGGCACCUGCACUGUCUCGGGGGACCCCCACUACCUGACGUUUGAUGGAGCCCUGCACCACUUCAUGGGCACCUGCACCUACAUCCUGACCCGGCCUUGUUGGCUGAGGUCCCUAGAGAAUAACUUCGUCGUGAGCGCCACCAACGAGUUCCGCCAUGGGAACUUGGAGGCCUCCUAUGUCAGAGCCGUCCACGUGCAGGUCUUCAACCUCAAAAUCUCGCUGAUCAAAGGCCGCAAGGUCGUGCUGGAUGGUCGCCGGGUGGCCCUGCCCCUGUGGCCUGCACAAGGCCGGGUAAAUGUGAGGUCCAGUGGCUCCUUUGUCCUCCUCUACACGAACUUUGGGCUUCAAGUUCGCUAUGAUGGGAACCACCUGGUGGAAGUGACCGUGCCCUCCUCCUACGCUGGCCGGCUCUGCGGGAUGUGCGGGAACUACAACAACAACAGUCUAGACGACAUUCUACAGUCUGAUAAAAGACCUGCAAGCAGCCCUGCACGCCUGGGGGCCUCCUGGAAGUUAAAUGAGUUAUCUGAACCUGGCUGCUUUGCUGCAGGUGGCGAUUCCCCCAAGUGCCUGGGGGAUGAAGUGCCCGAUACCUGGAAUAAGAACUGUGAAAUCUUAAGGAACCCUUUGGGACCCUUCUCCCAGUGCCACAAGGUGGUGUCCCCGCAGUCCAGCUUCAAAAGGUGUGUGUAUGGCCAGUGUGGAACCAAGGGCGAUGCCCUGACCCUGUGCCGCUCCCUGCAGGCCUACGCGUCCCAGUGUGCCCGCGCCGGCCAGGUCCUCACCUGGCGGAAUAGCACCUUCUGCCCUCUGAAGUGCCCACUGGGCAGUAGCUACAGCACCUGUGCCAACCCCUGCCCGGCCACCUGCCCUGGCCUGAACACCCCAUCUCCCUGCCCGUCCUCGCUGCCUUGUGCCGAGGGCUGCGUGUGCCAGAAAGGCCACAUCCUGAGCGGAACCUCCUGUGUGCCUCUCAGCCAGUGUGGCUGCACCAGCCAGAGCGGCUCCUACCACCCGGUCGGGGAGAGCUGGUACACGGACAACACCUGCUCCAGGCUCUGCACCUGCUCCACCCACAACAAUAUAUCCUGCCUCCAAACGGCCUGCAAGCGUGACCAGAUGUGCUGGCCCCAGGAUGGGCUGAUCCGGUGCCGGGUGGCAGGGAUGGGAGUGUGUCGCAUUCACAAUGGCUCCCACUACGUAAGCUUCGAUGGUAGUUACCAUGCCGUCAGGGGCACCUGCACUUACAUCCUGGCGAAAACAUGCCACUCCACCAUGGACCUGCCUUUCUUCAAGAUCAGUGGCAAGAAUGGGAAGCGGGAAGGCCAAGCCCCCAAUUUCUACCUCCGCCAGGUCCACGUGGACAUCUAUGGGUCCCUGGUCACUCUGCAGAAGGACCAAGUGCGGAUCAAUGGCACACGAGUCUCCCUUCCUGCGACCACCCAGGUCCGGGGGGUCAAAGUCACUUCCAGGAACGGCUAUCUUGUGCUCAACAUCAUCAUCGGGGUGCAAGUCAAGUUUGACGGCAAUGGUUUCAUAGAGAUCGAACUCCCCAAAGCCUAUUAUGGAAAGACUUGUGGCAUGUGCGGGAACUUCAAUGGUGAGGAAGAAGACGAACUCAUGAUGCCCAGUGAUGAACUAGCCCAGGAUGAUGUCAUGUUUACGGACAGUUGGCAAGAUAAGGAAAUCGACCCAAACUGCGAAGACGACGACAAGAAGACCGAAGCUGAACCGCAGGAGAAGCCAGAUACAAACUGCAGGCCAGCUGACCUGCAGAAAGCCCAGAGACAAUGCCAGGCAGCCUUCGGGGCUCCCGCCUGGGCCACGUGUGCCUCCCGUGUGAUCCUCAGUCCCUUCUUGCACAGCUGUACCCAUAAACUCUGUGAGUUCGGAGGCCUAAACCGUGCCUUCUGUGAGUCUCUGCAAGCGUUCGGGGCUGCCUGCCAGGCCCGGGGAGUGAAGCCUCCAAUCUGGAGAAAUAGCAGCUUCUGCCCUCUGGACUGCUCCACCCACAGCAUCUACACAAACUGCCUUCCCUCCUGCUCCCCUUCCUGCUUGAAUCUGGAAGACCAGUGCCAAGGGGGCAGACUUCCCUCCACCUGCGAGGAGGGCUGCGUCUGCGAGCCCGGCUACCUGCUCAGUGGGCAGCAGUGUGUGUCUAGGAGUCAGUGCGGCUGCAAAGACACCCAGGGUGCCUACCUCCCUGCGGGGAAGUCCUGGCUCUCCGGAGGCUGCUCGAACAGCUGUACCUGCAAAGGGGGAGCCAUUCAGUGCCGGCCCUUCACCUGCCCCUCUGGUUCUCACUGCCAGCCCAGCUCCAAAGAAAAGGGCAAGGACAGCUGCACAGCUGACAAGUGGGAGCAAUGCACAGUUUUUGGGGAUCCCCACUACCGCACAUUUGAUGGCCUCAGCUACCGCUUUGAAGGACACAUGACCUACACGCUAGUCAAGACCAUGGAUGUGCUCCCCGAUGGGGUGGAGCCCGUAGUUGUGGAGGGACGCAACAAGGUGUACCCGUCCUUCAAGCCGGUCUUCCUGCAUGAAGUCAUUGUGAAGGUCUACGGCUACACAGUCCAGCUCCAGGAUGAACUGGAGAUUGUGGUCAAUGGUCAGAAGAUGGCCAUCCCCUACAAGCCCAAUGACCAUCUGUCGAUCUUCUUGCGGAGCCAUCGUCUGUAUCUGAUCACAGACUUUGAGAUGGUCAUCAGCUUCAAUGACAGGCACAACGCAGUGAUCUCCCUGCCCAUCACCUACCAGAGGCUGGUGCUCGGCCUGUGCGGCAACUUCGACAAAAACAAGAGGAAUGACUUUGUGCUGCCUGACGGCACCCUCACCCAGAACCUCCUCCUCUUCGGCAACAGCUGGGAGGUAAAGAAGACUAAGGGAGGAGGCCUCGCCCGCUUCUCAAGGGCCGUAGGAGAGGAGGAAGAGGAAAAAGAGUCAGGCUUUCAUGUGUCUGAAUGCAGCCCGGAGCAGCUGGAGCUCAUCAACAACACCCAGGCGUGUGGGGUGCUGGUGGACCCCCAGGGCCCCUUUGCUGCCUGUCACCAGAUGGUGGCCCCAGGGCCCUUCCAUGAGCAUUGUGUGUCUGAUCUGUGUGCCGCCUGGGACCCCAAAGAGCAAGAGGAGCUGCGCUGCCAGGUCCUCAGUGGCUACGCCAUCAUCUGCCAGGAGGCGGGUGCCUCCCUGGCCGGCUGGCGGGACCACACCCACUGUGCCUUGCAGUGUCCGGCCAAUACUGUCUAUCAGAGCUGCAUGAGCCCCUGCCCAGCCUCCUGUGCCAGCCUGGUGGUCCCUGGGGACUGCGAUGGCCCCUGUGUGGAGGGAUGUGCCAGCCUCCCGGGCUACGCCUACAGUGGUGCCCGGAGCCUUCCCCUGUCCCGCUGUGGCUGCACCGACAAGGGCAUCUACUAUCAGCAGGGUGACAGCUUCGUGACCGAGGACUGCUCUCAGCGCUGCACCUGCGCCAGCUCGGGGGUCCUUCUGUGUGAGCCUCUCAGCUGCAGCACUGGGGAGAUCUGCACCCUGGGGAACCUCACUCGUGGCUGCUUUCGAGACAGCCCAUGUCUACAGAACCCCUGCCAGAAUGACGGGCGGUGCCAGGAGCAGGGAACCCACUUCAUCUGUGAGUGUGAAUUUGGUUACGGGGGAGACCUCUGCUCAGAGCCUCGGGACGUGCUGCCCCGCAAAAAACCAGAAGCAUCCAACUUUGUGGCCAUCCUAUUGGGAAUGCUGGUGCCCGUGGUGGUCAUAGUGCCCGCAGUGACCAGGGAGUGCAUUUCCAGGAAGCGGCAGAAGAGGAGGUGAGUUGCUGGGGGGCUGGUGGGAGAGAGUAAGCAUGGGGAGUGGGUGCCAACCUUCCACCCUUGUGUCUGUUCCCCAUGCCCUCAGGAAUAAAAGGCAGAGCCAGAACCGAGACAAGCUGGCGGGUCCAGGUGAGCCUUGACCCUGAGACCUCGAGAAAGUUCUUCUCGCUUUCUCCUCAGACUUUGCUCCAGAGCACGCCUUCACCAUCGCUGAGUUUU